ACUGUCAGUUGGCCACAAUAACUUUUUCAACAAUAGCAACAUCGACAACGACAACGACAACAGCAACAGCACAGACGCACAAUUGAAUCGAGUUGAGACGCGCAGUUGGUCUGAUGUACAGCGCGAGUUGAGGUGAAUAAAUCGACAAGAACUAACGCCGCCAGCCAAAUCACACGGACGCUCGCCCGCUCGGUCGCACAGCCGUGCCAUAUUUACAUAUUUACAUAUUUAUGAGCAUUAUUUGUAUUGUGUUUCGCGGUCGCAUUUCCAUUUCAUUUCAUACAUUCUGCGAUUAUAGUGCUUGCCAAAAUUCGUGCGCGCGCUAAACGCUCGGCGGAAAGCUGGAAAACAAAAAGUUGCUGAUAAAAUCAAUUCGCGACCACAGCGACGCGCGGCUGCUGACGGUCUACGGUUUCGUGUAAUAAGCGAAUUUAAGUGUUUAAUCUAAUCAUCCAUGCAAAUUGGAGUGCUGUAAAAUUGUUAGUGUAGCUGGCAUUGAUUGGGCGCAUGUUGGGACGUGUGUGUAUGUGUACGAGUGUUUGUGUGUAGAGAAUUGAAGUGUCUUCAGUUAACGUGCUGACGGUUACGGUGACAACGAACCGCCGCGGCUUCUGUACCUACUACAGUUAAGGAAUUGAGUAAAUUUAAGCAAAACUAAACAAAAUAAAAUAAGCAUUCGCAUUUGUUUAGAGUUACUAGAGACUACCACUAAGAAAAAUAUAUACGAUAUACAAGCGUAUUAGUGCAAAAAUCAAAAAUCGAAAUAAUAGUUUUAACACACAGUUUAACGCUUAAGAAAGUGUACGCCAAAAGCAAUCACAUAAGAGCCAUUUUUCGCUGAAACUAAAGCACUAAAGUCAUCAGAUGCGGUCCAUUGAAAAUCAUUCAACGGCAAGACUUGUCGAAGCAAAUGAGAACCAUGAGACGAUAAUAAUUCAAUAGCAAUAAACUCUGGUAGACAGCAUAAGGAGCUGACGUAACAAGCAACGUAAGAACAUCAAUAACACCAACGCCAACAGCGGCUAGUAAAAAAUACAUUUCGACGAACAAGAACACCAAUCACAACUACAUCAUCAACAGCUACAACAACAACAAUAACAACAACAACAAUAUCAAUAACAUUAAGAGGCAGCAUUACAACUACACAUUAAAUAGAAGCAACACACCAGAUCCAAUUCAAUCGAUAGCAUCCUCAACUCCCCAACCGGCAGCAGCAACACUACCUCCAACACCCCCCACCAGUCGUGCAGCAACAGCAUGCUGGGUGAUAUAAUUUCACCGUCAAUCGCGACUUGGAGCACAACAACAGCACACCACUUCUACAGCGACCUGGAUGCUGAGACGCCUAUAGUGCACGGCGCCGCUAGCGACCUGAAUGCACCACUCCUGAACAACUACAACAUCUACAACAAAGUGUACAGUAAUGCCACAUCAAUGUUGUUCGACGUCAACGAAACGAGCGCAUAUCAAAUCGUACUGAACGGGACGAGCGGCAACUUGAGCACCAGCAGCAACAGCAUUUUAUUGAACCUGAGCGACGGCGGCGGCGGCGGCGACAUCGACGGUUUCAUCACAUUCAAUGGCAGCGCGGGGGUGCGGAACGGCAGCAAUAUUGUCGAUGUGUUUAUCGGUGAGCGUAAUGAGUUUGAUGACCAGCAACUGGAUGGCAUUAUGGACUAUGGCGGCGGCUACCGGACAAGGGAUCCGACGGUGGCGCUGGUGAAAAUGAUUGUCAUGUGCAUUGUGCUGGGUCUGCUCAUCUUCGUAACCAUAAUAGGCAAUGUUUUUGUAAUAGCGGCAAUUAUACUGGAGCGCAACCUACAGAAUAUGGGCAAUUACUUGGUGGUCUCGCUGGCGGUGGCCGACCUGCUGGUGGCGUGCCUGGUCAUGCCGCUCGGCGCAGUUUACGAGAUAAGCGAGGGUUGGAUACUUGGCCCGGAGCUAUGCGACAUUUGGACUUCGUGCGAUGUGCUCUGCUGCACAGCGUCCAUACUGCAUCUGGUGGCGAUUGCAGCCGACAGAUACUGGACCGUGACGAAUAUAGAUUACAGCAACGUGCGCACUCCCGGUCGCGUCUUCUGUAUGAUCUUUAGCGUUUGGCUUACCGCGUUCAUAAUCUCGUUGGCGCCAUUACUCGGCUGGAAGGAUCCCGAUUACAUGCAACGAAUCGAAAGGCAGAUAUGCAUGGUUUCACAGGAUGUGGGAUAUCAGAUUUUUGCAACAUGUUGCACAUUCUAUGUGCCACUUUUGGCCAUACUGGCACUCUACUGGAACAUCUACAAAAUCGCACGCAGACGCAUCCAGCGGCGCAUACAGCAACGCCCCCUCUCAGUGCCACCUAAUCACAAUCAGAAGUGCUCCACCGCUUCGAUGCAGCGUAAGCGUAAGCGCCUAAAAAUAUGCUUCGGUAAGGCGGAGCAGAACGCUGCCGCUGCCGCCGCUGCCGUCACCAAUAACAUGGAAACAAAUGUCGGCAAUUCGCUAAGCAUCAGCAACAUGCGCGAGGAAACGGAGUACAGCACCAGCAACUUCGACAGCAAGAGCCACGCAACCGAGGUGACAACGGCGUCCGGGGAGGCGGAAGAGUCUCAGGUCUCUGCUAUUGGCGAAAUCUCAACCGUCUCGCAAGAGGUGGCCAGCACCGCGCACCAGCAACAGGCGAUCGCUAUCACGCUAACCACAUCCGCACAACACUUGGCUAUCGGCGCAACCCAACAACCCACCGCCAGCAAGGAGGCCACCUCCAACAACAAGCUGCUCUCGAGCAUACCAAAUCCCUACCAUAAGCUGGCUAAACGCCGCCAAAUGCUCGAGGCGAAGCGCGAGCGCAAGGCAGCACAAACUUUGGCCAUCAUCACGGGCGCAUUCGCCAUCUGCUGGCUGCCCUUCUUCGUCAUGGCGCUCAUGUUGUCGCUCUGCAAGGAGUGCCACAUAAGCGCAGCACUCACGUCUCUCUUCCUCUGGCUGGGCUACUUCAACUCGACGCUGAACCCGAUCAUCUACACCAUCUUCAAUCCGGAGUUCCGGCGCGCCUUCCAACGCAUACUCUGCGGACGCAAACGCACGCUGCCCAGCCGCAGCGGGAAGAUUUGAUUCUGAGAGUAGUUGAGUAGCGUGGUCGUUACUUUUGUAUCGCCACGCUACAGCACAUGCAAACGAGAUACUAACCACCAAACUGAACAUGCUGCAGAAAUACACAGCAUGUAAUAACAGUAAACAUCACCAACAGCAACAAAAACAAGAGUAACACCACACCCCAACCACGUCCCGCCCCGUUUUAUUCCAUUGAAGUUGCACGUCAUCCCCGCCAGUUGAAGCCACAAGAAGUACACCGAAGCAAACAGUGAGCGCAAACAAACAAACAGACGAAAGUCAGCAAGAAGUGGCAAGCCCACCUAAGGCAACCCGAAGAGUGGGUCUCCCGCCAGUCACAUCAGCGAACUCGCUACCACACACUCACUUCCACCCACCUCUACUCACGGGAAGCGACGCGACACAAGGGCAACUCGCACUCGAUGCACUCGCGUGUAAUUCCCUCCUUAUGCAAAUAAUAAGCAACGAAGAACUUUCAGCAACAUAUGCGAUACACAAACACCACUCACUCGAGAAUGCGAUGCGAGAAUGUGACUAGCAUGAAAUGGAAUACAUAUGCGGUUGGGUGAGUGCGAGUGCAAAUAUGGCACUUCCGCUACAAACAAAUCCCGCCACACAAACGCACUCACUCAUCCACCACAUUGGGUACGCCGAGUUGUAAGUGUUUGCUCAUGGAAGUGAACUCGCCUGGAAAUUCGGCAGCAAUUCGCCUUGCUUAAUUUAUGAGGGCACACAACCAGAGGAAAUCGUACAAGGGACAGAUAACGGCAACGCACAGGCACACCAACAAGCAAUAAGCACACACAUACACACACCAACAAACACCGAAUUUGUGAUUUGAUAGCAACUGAAGUUCGAUACUUAAAGUUACAGCGCGCUGACAAUCUGGACACAAGUUAGAUGUCCCAGCCAUCUUCCAAAAGCCAAUUAAAGGAUUAUUCGUCAUUAAAUCCACUUUUGUUACACACACACACACACACACAAGCAUACAUCUAACAUUAUAGCAUAGCAUAUAUAUAAUAUACUUAUAUUGAGAGAAUCAACUAACACAUAUAGUCAUGUAUGUAGUUUGUAGUGGCAUAAGUUAAGUGAAAGUAAACGAUACGCUUUUAAAGAGACACACAAAAACAAAGUUUUAAACAGUAUUUAGAAUGAUUUACUACGUUUUUUAAGAACUAAGAACUCGAAAGUCUUCUGAUAGUCUUGGGAAUAACUAUAUACAUACUUAUAAUAUAUAUAUUUACCUAUAAAGAAAUGUGCAUAAGUGUAACUGUAAACUUAAGAAUCUAACUAAUCAAAAAAAAAGCACGUUUAUAAAUCCUUCUCUGUAAGUAAGUGUCAGUGAUUGUUAGUACAUAUAUACUUGUAUUUAAGGCAUUGAGUCACAUAACUCAUUUAAUAAUAUGUAUGUAAUAUAAAUGUGUAAGUGUAAGUGUAUAUAAAGGCAAAAAGUUAAAAAUCGAAAUAUUUUUCUGCAUUUCAUUCGAUUUUCUUUCCACAUCACAUUCGUAUAUGUAUGUGUCACACAUUCGGUUAUGUAUUGUACA